AUGUCUAAGCGAGGUUCAUUGGCACAUCAACCCAACGUUGACCAGGGAAUCCUUGACAUUGAGGAAACAUGGUUUGAAAGCAGAAAUCGCCGACGUCCUGGAUCUCGCUAUGGCUCCUGCGCAUCUGCCGUCAAUGAUGUUGUAGUGCAGCUUACAUGGAUAUCCCUUGCUUAUUCUAUAUCAUCAUGUCGCCGGGUUUUCGGAAACAUGAGGCAGGAAAUGAAGGACGGAAAUAACAAGGUUUACGUAUUGAUCCAGCUCCAGUUCUAUUUCCAACCUUAUCAGUCUCUUCCUUUCCCAUACAACUGGGCAUUUACACGACACUCCCACGUCUCUCUCGUGUUAGUUCCUUUUUCCUUCAGGAUCCACCGACGUUGCUUUCCACCUCCCACAGUCUCUCUUGGCAAGCGCGACCGUUCCCAAACUCCCUCACCUUCCUUGAAUCCUCAUCCUUUUACACCGACGGUCUUUUCGCUGCGCUGA